CUUCCUGCCAACCCAUAUUCAUUGUAAACGAGACCCGGAAUCCCGUCGAACAAUCGAGGUCAUGCCGGACAUUGAGAAGAGUCUGAAGCACGAGACGCCCUGCCAUCCCCUUGCCUGCGCUCUUCAAGACUGUGUACAGAAGAACAACUUUGAUCAAAGCAAAUGCGAGAAGCAGAUUGACGAACUCUACGAAUGCUGUCGACGCUUCUAUGAGCGUAAUGGCGAUGAAGCAUCGGUCGUGAGCUGCCCAAAGGCCAGUCUUCUGAGACUCAAAAUGAAGCAACGCUCAGAAGGAGUCAAGUAGCCGCUUCCUCACACAUAGAACUCCUGAAUUGUCACGACGUCCAUUUCAAUCUCCAACCUCAUCUCCCAAAACAAGAAGUCUCGGGAUCAGUCAAGUGAACAGGGCGCGCGGGCUUUUUACACGCUUCUUCUUAGGCGACCGGAGCACGCUAGGAGACCCUCAAGGGAUCUGUACAAAUACUGAGCGAAUCGCACCGAGACUCUAUUGGUGGCCUGUUUAGACAUUGUUGGAGGAAAGAAGAGGGAGAGGCGGAGGCGGAGAGGAUUUGAUAUGUGCGAUCACCGACGCCGCCUUAAUUCGUGGCAUGCUGACAGAAGUCGUGGCAUAUGAAAUUCACUCCCUCCUGCUAGUCUGGUGUAACGUUGGCA